AUGAACGCUGCAGCAGCAGAAGGCUCCAAGGCCGCUCCUCCCAAGUUCAAGCAGAAGGAGACCAGGCAGUUCAAGAGCAAGGCUCCUAAAGCUGGACAGAAGGGGUUUGACAAUGAUGUACCAGGGAUGGAUGGUCUUGGAGACUCUGCAGUGGUCUGCCCCUGGGAGGCGUUCGGUGACAUGGAGCUGAGUGACCUGGCCCAGUUUGGCAUCGUCUAG